UAGUGACCUGUGACUUCAAGAAAAUUGGGUUUACGUUUUGAGUAUUUUAGAAUUGCAUUGCGAAACAAGCUGGUUAAGAGAUCUAUAGCGCAUUCACUGCGCACAUCCACUGAUUGUUUAUUAAUGUUUGAGCCAUUUGAUGCAUAGAUCAGCAACAACCAAUUGCCUAACAUUGUUUGUCUGGUUUGUUGCAGCAGACAAGAAUGUGCUCAUUGUGUAUGCCCACCAGAGUGCAAACUCAUUCAAUGCAGCAGCAAAGGAUGCAGCAGUUGAAGUGCUUCAGGCCCAGGGCUGCAAGGUGGUGCUGUCUGAUCUCUAUUCCAUGAAAUUCAAAGCUCCUGCCACUGCUGAGGAUAUCAUUGGGGAACCACAGAAUUCUGAUGACUUCCACUAUGGUCAUGAGGCUAUGGUGGCAUUGAAGGAGAACAAGCUCAGCACUGACAUCAUUGAGGAACACGAUAAGGUGAAGGAGGCCAACAUUAUCAUAUUCCAGUUUCCCAUGUACUGGUUUGGUUUGCCAGCCAUUCUCAAAGGUUGGAUUGAUCGAGUGUUUACACCUGGCUUUGCCUUCACGACUGAGGAAAUAUACAGCAAUGGCUUCUUCAAGGAUAAGAAAGCCAUACUGUCUUUCACCACAGGCUCGCAUGAGUCAAUGUUCAAUUCCAGUGGAAUCCAUGGAGACAUGAAUGUCACACUGUGGCCUAUCCAGAAUGGCAUCCUACACUACUGUGGAUUCCAGGUUCUGGCUCCUCAGAUCUUUUGGGCCCCGAAGCAUGCCACUGCUGAGGACAGGAAGGCCUUGCUGGAAGUGUGGCGGAAGCGCCUGGAGGGACUGCUGGAGGAGAAACCCCUCGCCUUUACUCCCUCAGACUGCUUUGAUGGGGGAGCAGGGUUCCAACUGAAGGAGUCUGAGAAGGAGAAGUGGGCAGCAGAGCAGUUUGGCCCUACUGUGGGGCACCAUUUGGGGAAACCACUACCCCCCAACAACCAGCUCCAAGUCUGAACACAAUGCAGGGGACUGAGUGCCUCUCCAAUGUUUGACUGGUUGUCUCUCAAAUUUGAGUAAAGAGUCUAAACUGAAA